CUGCUUCCCGGCGGGGUCCUGUGGAGUUGGCGGAGGUUCCUCAGGGGACUAGGGGACCGAUCUGCGUAGAAGCGGGUGGCGGGGAAGAGAGGGGAGGAGAGCUCUGAGUGGGAAGCGGAGCCGGGGGCUCGGGACCCGUCGCGUCAGAGCCAGGCAAGUGAACCGGAGCAAACGACUUCCGAUCCAGUCUGCGCUGCUGCGGCUCCCGUUUGAGAUUUGAUUUGCAGCAUCUUCGAGCCUGUGCAACAAAAAACCGCGAAGCACGCCCAGCCCUCCCCCGGCACCCCUCUACGCACCCACUCCCUCCCGGGGACCCAGCUGGGCGAGUCCACACCCCCGCACCCCCACACCAUGUUGUGCGGAAGGACUUCCACUCCCCGCCUGUGUCGUUGAUGUCAGACCCCAGGCCAGCCUCCGGGCGCUGCAGUUCUCCCGGCUAAUGCUGAGGCUGCGGCUCGGGCUCUAGCACAGGAACCAACCGCCGCCGCGCCCGGCCCCAGCGCCCACCGUCUGCAUGUGCCCGCCGUAGCCGCUCGCCCAGCCCGCAGCCCGCGCUCCCCGGAGCGCUGGAGACCACCGCGGGGGGCCCCUUCUGCCCUCGGGAGAAGCGAUCUUGGAGGUAUUGAUUUCGGUGGUUGGAUUUUUCCCGUGGAUCUAUCAAUUCACAGUUCGAAUUUGGAAGAAAGAAGGAAAACAUGACGUCUCCAGCCAAAUUCAAAAAGGAUAAGGAGAUCAUAGCAGAGUACGAUACUCAGGUCAAAGUGCUUAUGCGUUAUCCAGGAAAGCUUUCUAAACCCUUCUUGCUGAUGGCAUAUUCCUCUUCAUGAGUUAGAGCCCAGACUGGACACCCUCCUCCAACAUACCUUACUCAUGGCAGAUGAAUUGGAAAAGCGCUAGUGACACACCUGGAAGGAGAAAAGCCCCUCCACAAGGCUCUCAGUGAAAUGAAAGCGAUAAAGCACAGAGAUCCGCGCUCAGCUCACAGAGCAGAUGAAAUGCCUGGACCAGCAGUGUGAGCUCCGGGUACAGCUAUUGCAGGACCUCCAGGACUUCUUCCGGAAGAAGGCUGAGAUCGAGAUGGACUACUCUCGCAACCUGGAGAAGCUGGCAGAGCGCUUCCUGGCCAAGACACGGAGCACCAAGGACCAGCAGUUCAAGAAGGAUCAGAAUGUUCUCUCUCCAGUCAACUGCUGGAAUCUCCUCUUAAACCAGGUGAAGCGGGAGAGCAGGGACCACACCACCCUGAGUGACAUCUACCUGAAUAAUAUCAUUCCUCGAUUUGUCCAAGUUAGUGAGGACUCAGGAAGACUCUUUAAAAAGAGUAAAGAAGUCGGCCAGCAGCUCCAAGAUGAUUUGAUGAAGGUCCUGAAUGAGCUCUACUCGGUCAUGAAGACAUAUCACAUGUACAAUGCCGACAGCAUCAGUGCUCAGAGCAAGCUAAAGGAGGCGGAGAAGCAGGAGGAGAAGCAAAUUGGAAAAUCUGUAAAGCAGGAGGACCGGCAAACCCCACGCUCCCCUGACUCCACAUCCAACGUCCGCAUUGAGGAGAAGCAUGUCAGGAGGAGCUCAGUGAAAAAGAUCGAGAAGAUGAAGGAAAAGCGCCAAGCCAAGUAUACAGAGAAUAAGCUGAAGGCAAUUAAAGCUCGGAAUGAGUACUUACUGGCUUUGGAAGCAACCAAUGCAUCUGUCUUCAAGUACUACAUCCACGACCUGUCUGACCUUAUUGAUCAGUGCUGUGACUUAGGCUACCACGCUAGCCUGAACCGUGCACUACGCACCUUCCUCUCCGCUGAGUUGAAUCUGGAGCAGUCAAAGCACGAGGGUCUGGACGCCAUCGAAAAUGCUGUAGAAAACCUGGAUGCCACCAGUGACAAGCAGCGCCUCAUGGAGAUGUACAACAAUGUCUUCUGUCCACCUAUGAAGUUUGAGUUCCAGCCCCACAUGGGGGAUAUGGCUUCCCAGCUCUGUGCCCAGCAGCCUGUCCAGAGUGAGCUGGUACAGAGAUGCCAACAACUGCAGUCUCGCUUGUCCACCCUGAAGAUUGAGAAUGAAGAGGUAAAGAAGACAAUGGAGGCCACCUUGCAGACCAUCCAGGAUAUUGUGACUGUCGAGGAUUUUGAUGUGUCUGACUGCUUCCAGUAUAGCAACUCUAUGGAAUCUGUCAAGUCCACGGUCUCAGAAACCUUCAUGAGCAAACCCAGCAUCGCCAAGAGGAGAGCCAACCAGCAAGAGACAGAGCAGUUCUAUUUCACGAAAAUGAAGGAGUACCUGGAGGGCAGGAACCUCAUCACCAAGCUACAAGCCAAGCACGACCUUCUCCAGAAAACCCUGGGAGAGAGUCAGCGGACAGAUUGCAGUCUGGCCAGGCGUAGCUCAACUGUGAGGAAACAGGAUUCCAGCCAGGCAAUUCCUCUGGUGGUAGAAAGCUGUAUCCGGUUUAUCAGCAGACACGGACUACAACAUGAAGGAAUCUUCCGGGUGUCGGGGUCCCAGGUGGAAGUGAAUGACAUCAAAAACGCCUUUGAGAGAGGAGAGGACCCCCUGGCUGGGGACCAGAAUGACCAUGACAUGGACUCCAUAGCCGGCGUCCUGAAGCUUUACUUCCGCGGGCUGGAACACCCUCUCUUCCCCAAGGACAUCUUCCACGACCUAAUGGCCUGUGUCACAAUGGACAACCUGCAGGAGAGAGCUCUGCACAUCCGGAAAGUCCUCCUGGUCUUGCCCAAAACCACUCUGAUUGUCAUGAGAUACCUCUUUGCCUUCCUCAAUCAUUUAUCACAGUUCAGUGAAGAGAACAUGAUGGACCCCUACAACCUCGCCACCUGCUUCGGGCCCUCGCUGAUGUCAGUGCCUGAGGGCCACGACCAGGUGUCCUGCCAAGCCCACGUGAAUGAGCUGAUCAAAACCAUCAUCAUCCAGCACGAGAACAUCUUCCCAAACCCCAGGGAGCUGGAGGGCCCCGUCUACAGCAGAGGAGGGAGCACGGAGGAUUACUGUGACAGCCCUCACGGAGAGACUACCUCGGCUGAAGACUCAACCCAGGAUGUGACCACAGAGCACCACACAAGCGAUGAUGAGUGUGAGCCCAUUGAGGCCAUUGCCAAGUUUGACUAUGUGGGCCGGACAGCCCGAGAGCUGUCCUUCAAGAAGGGGGCAUCCCUGCUGCUUUACCAGCGGGCUUCUGACGACUGGUGGGAAGGCCGGCACAAUGGCAUCGACGGACUCAUCCCCCAUCAGUACAUCGUGGUCCAAGACACCGAGGACGGUGUCGUGGAGAGGUCCAGCCCCAAGUCUGAGAUUGAGGUCAUUUCUGAGCCACCUGAAGAAAAGGUGACAGCCAGAGCGGGGGCCAGCUGUCCCAGUGGGGGUCAUGUAGCCGAUAUUUAUCUUGCAAACAUCAACAAGCAAAGGAAGCGGCCAGAAUCUGGGAGCAUCCGGAAAACAUUUCGGAGUGACGGCCACGGGCUGAGCAGUUCCCUGACUGAUUCCGCCCCCCCGGGGGUGGGGGCAACCUGCCGCCCAUCUUCCCAGCCCAUUCUGAGCCAGAGCCUCCCCAAGGACGGGCCAGAUAAGUGUUCCAUCAGUGGGCAUGGGAGCCUCAACUCCAUCAGCCGCCACUCAUCCCUGAAGAAUCGGCUGGACAGUCCACAGAUCCGGAAGACGGUGACAGCAGGAAGGUCAAAAAGCUUCAAUAACCACCGGCCCAUGGACCCUGAGGUCAUUGCACAGGAUAUUGAGGCCACCAUGAACUCUGCCCUGAGCGAGCUGCGGGAGCUAGAGCGGCAGAGCAGCGUCAAGCACACCCCGGAUGUGGUUCUGGACACCUUGGAGCCCCUCAAGACCUCCCCCGUGGUGGCCCCCACGUCGGAGCCCUCCAGCCCCCUGCACACCCAGCUCCUCAAGGACCCCGAGCCCGCCUUCCAGCGCAGCGCCAGCACUGCUGGGGACAUCGCCUGCGCCUUCCGGCCCGUCAAGUCCGUCAAGAUGGCGGCCCCGGUCAAGCCGCCGGCCACGCGGCCCAAGCCCGCUGUCUUCCCCAAGACAAAUGCCACUAGCCCCGGUGUCAACUCCUCCACCUCCCCACAGUCCACUGACAAGUCUUGUACUGUCUGAGGGAUGUAAUUUAAUUAUUCCAGACAAUUGGAGGGACUGACUGUUAUUAAAAUCUUCCUAUUUAACUAGCUUGGGGACUUCAGUUGAAAAUUAGGUUCUAAGUUGUUCUUGCAGGAAUUAGCCUUCCCAUCACCCCAAACCUUGAGAAUGAAGCCCUCCUUAUUGCCCUGUCCUCCCCCUCCCUUCCCUCUGCCCUCUGCUUCCCCCAGUCCUCGUAAUCCAGCCGGCUACAGUACAUACUGUUCUUAGGUUAGCCAGACAUAGGUUUUUCCAUUAUCAGGUCACUGUGAAAUCUGGCAAGGCAAGUCGCGGGGCAGUGGGCUGAAGUCCCAGCCCCCUCAGACACAGGGGAUGCCUAACCAGAUGGUUGGCUGCCGACAGCCAGCUCUCAGUGGCAUCUUGUUUUGGGUACUUAUUACAGAGAAUCAUAUACAGUUCAUUCUCCAUUUUACACACACACACACACACACACACACACAGACACACACACGCACACACACGUAGGUUUUUCUGGUCUCUGGCAUGUGUAGCCUCUCCUGGUCCUAGAUAGACCAGUCUCUUUGUAAGUUAUUGUGGCAGUUCACACAGGAGCCGCCAGGGGUCUCUGUUUCCGUUACAAAUCUCAUUCUGUCUGGGCCAGAGAACCAAGCCUUUGAAAUCUCUCCAUCGUAUGAAACUUAGCAGGAUGGGACUCAAUCCUGUAAACUGUUUGGGGUUGGGGGCUUUCUCUCUGUCUUCUUUCUAUUGGUGUGAAUUGAUCAUUGGUGUUUGCUUUUGCUCUCCUCUUCUCUAGAACUACAACCCAAUCUUAUUAUGGAACUUCUAAAGUUUUUCUGAAUGUAUAGACAUUUCUCGGGUUCCUAUCUUUGUCUCUGAUGGACCAUUUUCCAUUGAAGACAUUUUCCUGUAUAAGACAGUUUUAUAGUUGGUUCCUUUUAGGCUAAAGAGUCUUAAGACACUUUUAUUGUGUUUUUGGCAGGUUUGGAAAAGGUAAGAAAUGGGUCCUUCCUCCCACUUUUUUGGGUACUGAAGACAUAAUAUUCAUUGUCCUAUUAAAAAUUAAAUUUAGUUUUGGUAAUCCUAAAAUUGUUCCCAAAUGAAAAUUUAUUCUAAGUUUAUCCCCUAGUUGGGUCAUUCUGCAAGCUCUCUCUUCAGGGACCAACAGGGGCUUAGGGAGCCCUAGUUAGAUUAAAGAGAGACAUUGCCCCUAAAAACUGAUCUUCGUUUAUCCAGACAAGGACAACUAAGAGAACUCUGGCAUUAAAAAUUCGAUGCUGAAUAUUUUGGCCUUCCUUUGGCCUUUUUUCUGGUUCACCUCCAAAAGCAAAAGUGAUACCCUUGUCUGCUUUAAUUUGCUUUCCAAAUCCGGGGCCCAUGGUCCCAGCUCUCCUAGCAUCAUGCUAUCCCAGGAGGACCAGAUCUGGGGACAGUCACACCCCAGGCUCAUGCGUCUCAGACAACUACUUGAGUUAAAGCUGAAACUCAUUCCUCUUCUCUGUUUUCUAGUUUUAAAGCUGUGCUUUUUGCCUUAUUUUCCACAGUUUUGAGAGAUAGUGGGAUGCUAUUCAGAUAGGAAAAUCUGAAUUUUCCUAUCUUUAGCCUAGAAAAUCCUUUUCAGACCAACAUUUUAAAGUUGGUAGUUGGCUCUAUGAAAAGCUCCUCCUUCUGUGUGAAGGAAAAGAGAUUUGUGGGAAGUUGCUAGUUUAGAAAAAGUAGCCUGCAACACCAGGAAAACCAUUCCAAGAGCUAGGCGGGAGAGAUGAAGAACUCCUUCAGUGAAUACGUCAGCCAGUGAGAGGCAGCCCACAAUCCUCUGGAUCCUUGGCUUUUGUUGCUCUGUUUAGUGACCUGUCCUUGUCUGUCACCUGGACUUAACACAGGUCCUGAGCCAACAGGGGGCUUUCAUAUCCAAGGAUCUGUUUCCUUGCUGAAAGUGAAACCCCACCUCUUCACUUGACAUUCCUUUUGAUCCCACUGGUCAAAAUCGGUGCCCAUACCUGCCCUAUUGCUCUUUUCCCGGCGCAUCCUCUUCUAAGAAAAGAAAGGCAAACCUUCCUUAACGACAGCACCUUGGGCCUGUUCUGUUGCUCCUGCCUUACUUCUCCUUCAGCCCUGCACAUGACCUGUGUUCACCAUCCCCUUGGUCAGUGUCCAUCUGCUGAUUUGCAUCAUGAACUGGACAGUGUGUGAGUGGUCACCUGCUAUACCCCUGCUCUGGGAGCCGAGUUGUCUUCCCCCUCCGGUGCUCCUGACACCUGUGAGAUGGUCCCGUCCAGAGGACUAGGAACCCUAGGAGGAGAGUCUUUCUCAGCAGAGCUCAUUGCAAUCAACUGGAAUCAAGGUUGCUCACUGUGAUUUUUACACCGAAAAGCCAAACGGAGCUGGCCACCCAGGGCCUCGGGAGACCAGUCUUCCUCAGAUAUGCUUCCUAAACCAGCAUGAUGCUUCAAAGAGCCCCACUCUGCCCCUGGCGGCAUGGAUCCUUUUCCUGGUGUGGACUCGGAUGGGUCAGUCUUUGGGAAACAGGUGGGGCGGGGCUACCAGCAUCCCAAUUUGGAAAAGAGGAGUUUGCAGCCAGCAGCCUGUAAACUGGAAACACUGGUCUCAGCCAACCUCCUCAGGGCGCCCUGGUUUCUCCCCAAAGAGAUGAGGAGAGAUGACGCCAGCAACAGGACGAACAGACCACUGGAAGGGCUGGUGUGCAUGUACUUCACGUUCAGAAGAGAAGUUCAAUCUUCCAGGGAAUUGCAAUGUUGUGGCGUCUGACUUGUAUGUCACAUUUGUGUAAAAUGGUAUAUUCUUUAAAAUAGUGUUGAUAACUGGAAUAUUGUAUGUAUGCUUGGAGAUGCUUUGUGUGAACCUAAGACUGUCACUCAACAGAUGUUGGAUUGGGGAAAAUCCAAAGCACAACUUCAAAAUAAAAUACAUUUUUAGGUUUCGAUG